AUUUAAGUGUUCCUCACACUGUGAUCACACCAAUCCAUUUCUUUCUUCCUUGUUUUUUGCUUAGUGGGUUUCCAUUCCAGCAUUCAUGGACUUGCAUGUGAAGCGUUUCUUAGCAGCAUUUCUCAUUCUUGCAGCAGCCAUUCAUGAAACGCAGGCAGACACCAUGGUCACUGGCACUGUCUUCUGUGACCAAUGCAAAGACGGACAGAGAUCCCUUUUCGAUUAUCCUGUUAAUGGUGCAAAAGUAACUCUGUCCUGUGCUGACAGUAAUGGGGAAAUUACAAUGUCAAGAGAAGAAACAACGAACUGGUUUGGAAGCUAUACUAUGAGGUUUGAUGGUGCACCCGACUUGAGUGGUUGUUCUGCAAGGGUCUCAGGAAGAGGAGAAGGGUCAAUGGGUUGUGGUGAAGGUGCUGGUCCCUCCCAAAAUCCCAAACUCAUGUUUAGGAUGUUUGACAUGGAAAUGUAUACUGUGGAUUCUCUCCUUGCUCAGCCUUCACAACCUAUGCAGUACUGCUCAAGAUCUUCCACACCAGUGUCAGCACCAGUCACACCACCUAAUUCUACUCCACAUUUCAAGCUACCUCCAAUGCCAGAAUUCCCUCCAUUACCAUCACUACCACCACUACCAUCAUUGCCACCCCUACCACCAGUGAUCUUUGCUGAGGCUUCAGCAUGUCCAUCAGAGAAGUGGACACUGUCAGAAUACAAAUGCUACUGGAGGGGUGUGAACCGGGACACAAAAGUAGCAGUGGCUUUUGGAAUGGUUGCGGCAAGGAGAUAUGGAACAGACAUUACACUGUGGCAUGGGUUGCAAGGGAAGGGAGACCCUUACAGGACUCUUCUCAGAGAAGGAAUCACUGCACUUCUUAACUCAUAUAAUAGCUUUCAAUUCUCUUAUCAUCCUAUUGGGGUGCUCCAACACAUGAAUUUGGCUUUGAUGGGUUCAACCAGGACUGUCCUUCUUACUGCUCUACGUUUCAAGAGAGCAAAUUCUGGUGCUGGGAAUGUCACCUGCAAAUUCACCACUUGCAAAUAAUUUAUAGGCUUCUUCCCAUAUAGCAGGUUUGAAAAGGAUUGUUUUUGGGGAAUAAUCAGUUUUAUUUCAAAGGUUCUCCGCAAAACUUUUGAUAAAAAAACUUCUUAACCUCAAAAAUAACCAAUUCAAAAAUGCAGGAUACAAAAUUGAAUACUCUUCAAUAGCUUGUCUUUAUCUUUAUUCUAUAUAUGGAGGUUGGUGCUUUAUGGUAUUUCACCUACAUAGGCACUUGUAAUGGCUAAGCAUUUCCUUAGGCUUAUAUAUCUCUGCCAUUGUGUAGGAUAUUGUUACCACUUACAAGAAUCUAAAAACUCUACUCAAGGAAAAAAAAUGAACUAAUCUAUGAAUUUAA